GUUUACAAAUAUGGAUGGCGAGCCUCGCGGAAUUUCGCUGCAGUGCAAACAGUGCAGUUGUUUAUCGACUUUACAAAGCAUUUCAAACUAAAUUUCUUUACUCCUAGAUCACGUUGUAAAUGUUGGUGCAAGGCGCAACAUGAACUAUAACCGGCAACGAGAACGCUUACGGCAAGCGAUCGGGAGACAACUCGAGGUAGAAAUCGAGCGUUCCAUUGGCGAGUGCGAGCGCAGAGAUGUGGACGACAUAGCAGCCAAGAUAUGUCGCUCCGCGAAAUGGAGAAAGUUUCAAAAGUCCUACCUGCUCAACCUGGAUCCGAAUGGCAACCAAGACCCCUCGCCUGCUUUUCUGUACCGUGGCCGCGACGUCAGCGCACGUCCCAGGAAAGGAAGUACCUCUUCGUUCGCGAGCAUCGUCACCGAGAGCUCCUUCGGCAGGGACGAUAUCAACCUGACGCCGGAAAGGAUUCACGAAGUGUGCAGUCUCAUCCGCUCGUCCACGCCGUCGUCCAAACUCCACGCCAUCGACAUCCUCAACAGCCUGUCCUGCUUCGAGGAUGUGGUCACUAGCGAGGAAUGGCCUGUGCUCGAAGAGCGGAUACGAUCCCUGUUCUCGCACCCUUCGGAGGUCGUCAAACGAGAGACACUACGACUGUUCUGGACUAUGCUUUCGUCCGGAGGAAUCGUCUUCGAGAAGUCCUACACCAGCCUCCUCCUGGCGGCAAGGGAUCAGGUUUGCAGCAAGAUCAAUAGGUCGUCUCUACGCAGAUCACCAAGCUCGGCCACCGUAAAUAUCGUGGACAUACUGAACACAUACCACAGGAACCUUCCCCGCCACUGGUUGAGGUUCCACAGGAAGGCGCUCAAACACGUCGUCGAAGAAACGCUGGCGUUUAUGGACGACGGCAUCUACGAUAACUUUUCGUGCAUCUGGAAGGCCCUGUCAGCGUCCGAUUGUCACGCUGUCUGGCUCGGGAACUGGACGUUCGGUGCCGAGAGCCGAGCCGUCGUAUUCGGAAGUAUGGCGGGCCACACCAACAUCCUCCUGUACAGUGUCCAACUGGUGACAAACUUCAGAAAGUUCCCGGACCUCUGCAAACGGUACGCAAGCAGCCACGUCUAUGCAGCCUGUAUCCUGCUGAGGACGGUACGGUACGAGAUGGGGCGUGCGCUCGUGGCUUCUUUGGGUUCGAGUGCAAUGUCCGACAAAGCGUGGUUCGAUGUCCUGACGCAGGUGAUUCUUUUUUCGAAAGUCCUCUGGGCUUCCAAGUAUGAGAAAUUUAUGGAGUUUCUUCCAGUGCUGGCUGAAAUCGUGGGAGUAGUCUGCAGUGCCGAAGAAAAUCCCAUGUGCCCACAGCGUGCCGACAGCCUCAUCGGCAGCUUUGUAGAAACGAGCAGAAAUCUGUCAGAUGAGCGUUGUCCCACACACAUUUUAUCCAAAUGCCUUAAAUCCAUGUGUUCAACACCCGUCGGCCUAUCCUUGAUCAUGAAGAGUUCGUACAGGGCUUGCAGGGUCUGUCAAGUAGUGCUUUCCAUUACAAAACGCGCUAUUGAGCGAACCAAAGAUGACAAACUGUGUAAGACAUGCGUGUCCAGCCUUCUUGAAGUGUGUGCGCAUAUUGCUGAAAACCCAGAUUACCUUCUUUUAGAGGGUUGUGCAGCUACUGUAAGAAUAUUGUCAUCCAUUUCGCAGCUUGCAGCAUCUCAAGAAGAGACCUUGGAAAGGAGCUUGGCAAAAUUUGUGGCAUCCUUAUUCUCGACUAGUCUUGGAACAGCACUCUUGUGUGUUGGUACUCUUUCCCACUCGUGUGAAAGAACACUCAUUAAGCUAGCUGAUAUUUACAAUAAGGUAAAAUACUGCUCCGUGUACAUGUCACCACUAUAUUCCCAAGAAAAUAUAGUGCUCGAGUUGCACGACUACUUCUGGACCUCCGAAUCUGAGCCCGUUCUUAGAUUCGAGCUUGAAAGUGCGCAAGAGAAGCUCUUGUGUCUGAUGUCAUCAUUUCGACAGUGUAGGGCUCUACUUGCACGGAAGGCUGACAGUCUAGAUAGGGUCUUGUGGAAUGAAAUUGUGUUUCUACCCAUGAACUAUGUUCCAACUGAAGACAACUUAGUACUAAGCCUCAGCGUAUUGAAGGGACUGCUCUGUUGCUUAAAAACGUACACGUUUCUCAAUGCAAGGUACUUUGUAGAGAAAAGACUACAGGAGCUCCUAGUUGAGUUUCUGAAUGAUGAUGGAAAACUAAUGCUGAAUGAAGUGUCUGUUGUUGUGAUGGAGAUCCAGAAACGCAUUGCUCUUUAUGGACAACUACUCACUCAGAGGGGUCAUACAAAGCUUAAAAAUGCUGUACAUGUUUCUAGUAAGCUGUUUACAAUCACCCUUAAACAUGCCCACCAAAGAAAGAAGGAAUUGGAUACUUUUUUAGUAACAAGUCCAAUGCACUCGGCAGCAUUUGUAGAUUUCAUAGACUUUGAAGAUGGUCAGACCUGUCCAAUGACCCUGCUGGCAAAGCCGAUGACAGAUGAACAGAACUGUGGUAUUCAGUUGACCAUUGCCUGUGGCUUGCGUCUUGGCCUGCUAUCUUUGGAAGAGCGUGCGCACGCUCAAAAACUUGAGAAUCUUGUGAGGAACAGUCGCAACUUCUAUGGUGCUUCUUGCUCAAAAGACAGCUAUGACUUUUUAUUGGCAACAAUAUUUUUGCUUUUGCAAGGAAAUGAAUGCAAGUCAUUCCAACUGCACAAAUUUCUCUGUGACCGCGACUGUUACUUUCUGUAUUUCCACGAUAUGUAUGGCAUUUGUGAUACUCUGGUGUGUGCUGCUUUCUGCCAACUGUUUGAAGUGGUUUUGCGAGAACACCUGCCAAGAUUGUACCAUGCCUUUCAGAUGUCUCAAUGUGCACCUAGCAGCAUUUUCAAGCAUUGGGUGGGGCAGUUCUUCUGGAACUACCUAGACUUUGACCAGAUAUCGGCAGUACUUCUCAUGGUUGUGGUUCAUGGGGGUGAACACCUACUGUAUGUAUGUGUUUGCAUCUUGAGACAUGUGGAGGAGAGUCUUUUGAAGGGCUUCAAUGAGGGCUGUUUUGUUCUCACACUUAGGGAGAUACAAGCUGAAGGCUUCAGGUUGUCAUCAUGGGUGGACUUUAUUCAUGCAUUGUCUCUGCAGUACCAUGAUCUGGUACAAAAGACUCUGUCCAUGUACAAACAUUAGUGAGAUACGAGACUUGAGCUUUCAAAGAAAGAUCCCAAGCAGCACAGAGUUGGCCAGUCAUCGGCCAAUGGCUGGCAAUGGUCCUUAG